GCAAGAGCCCUUCACUGAAAUCCUCCCACCAUGCUGGGGCUGCUGCUGCUGCAGGUGUUGGCGAGCUGCCUCUGCCUGGGACACAGCGAGGUGGUGACAUCCUUUACAACUGCAUGUGCUCAGUUUUUCUAUGAGAAGACCCCCCCAAGUGACACCCUGCGUCCAACAAAUGCAGCCAGGAUCUGCCAGCGCUUAAGUAACAAAUAUCACUUUGCCACCCUGUAUGACAAAACUCGCAGAAUUCCAGUGUACUCUGCUUAUAUCUACAAGCCUGGACAUGGAUACAGAUAUAACUCAUGGUUUAUUGAGCCCCAGCUGAUUGACAAAAAAAGUUAUGGCAAAGAAAUGGCUGAGCCGUGGACCAUCCAUUCAGCGAAUAUUGGCGAGAAUCAGGCUGUUGAGAAUGACUACAGCAGUGCCGUGAUGCCUGUGGACCGUGGUCACUUGUGUCCCAGUGGCCACCUUUAUGAGCAGACCAGCAGGUGGGCUACCUUCACCCUCACCAACAUAGUGCCCCAGUACAGCACACUCAACCAGGGUGCCUGGAGUGUGUACGAGGACACAACAAUGCGCAACAAGACUGACGGCUGUGAUAAAACCUAUGUCAUCACGGGUGCUGUACCUGGGAACACCAACAUCCAAGGGAGGGUUAAUGUACCCAGCCACAUCUGGUCAGCUGCCUGCUGCCUGGUGGGUACAAAUCCCACUAGGGCUUGGGGGGCCAUUGCUAAGAACGAGAGAGGCAAUAACCAGGUGACGAAUCUCAACCUGGGGAGGCUGGAAACGAAAUUGUCUGAGCUCUAUGGGGGGAAAGUUGUUACUCUAUUCAACAAUGCCUGUCCCCGGCAAUAAGCCUCACAUCCUUCAUGGAAAAGGCUCAGAAAAUUUUCCCACAUGUCACA